AUGCCGCAGCCCUCCCCAAGUACCGGGCUCUUGGAGGAAGCCCAGCAGCAAGCAGAGGCCGCGGCGGCGACGCUGAUUGAGCGGAAGUUCAAGGAGCCGGCUAAUUUGGAGGAUAUUGCUGAGAUGUGUGCGGAUUUCCGCAAGAAGCUUACGGCGACGGAGAGUCAACUGUCUUCCGUCGUGCGCUCCCGGCUGGACGGCGUGAAGCGAGCGAGGGAUCUGAUCGACGAUAACGCCAGCCAGAUAUCCAAGCUGCACGGCCAGUUCGCCAAGAUGGAGGAGCUUUGCCGGGAAGAGGACGGGCGGGGUCUUUUCGGGAAGUACCCACACCUGAAGAAGCUGCACCACGCGAGGACUAACCUGGCCGUCACGUCGCAGCUGUCCGAAUUCUUCUACACCAUCCCGCAGAGAGCCGAGGGCCUGAUCAAACAACUGAAGGAGCAGCCGAGUCAGCUCAAGGAGGUCUAUCUGGAAGUCAGCAGGCUGGAGUACUGGCGCGCAAGCUUUAUGAAGGCGCUAAAGACCGACCAGUACGGGCGAUGGAUUGGUGGGGGUUGUCUGGAGCUGGCAAUGCAGGAUCCUGCCUUGCUCGUGCGGACUCUAGAGGUGGCCGAGCUGAUGCGAGCGCGGCUGCGGCAGGACUGGGACGAGGCCAAGCGGGUGGCGAAGGAGACUGGCGGGGACCCCGACGAGGCGGUGGCUGGGCUGCAGUCCGCGGACGAACUCUUCGAAGAGAUCAACAAAGGGCUGAAGAAGGGACUGGACAACCGGGUCUCGGCGCAGUUCGCGACGAUGCAGAUGGCGGGCGUGGACGCCGGCGAGUCCAAGGUCUUCGCCACGCUGGGCGCGGCUACGAACCUCUUGGUAGACCUAGAGGCCGUCGAUUCGGAGGUGGUUCCUUGCUUUCCCCCGGAGUACGACAUCUUGCGGGUGUUCCGAGACUCGUACGAGGGCUUCCUCAAGGACCUGCUGCUUCCGCUGGUGUGCGGCGAGGACAAGAUGGCGGACUGCGACGUGAGAGAUAUCUUAGAGGCGAUCAAGUGGCUGGAGUACUACAACACCAAGGUCGAACGGUGUGAAGAGUUCGCGCAGGCCAUCGGCGGGCUAAACGCGGCCUACCUCACCCGCAUCAAGGCGCAGAUCAUCAAGUGGGUGCAGAACCUUCGGGCGCAGCACCUGGAGGUGCAGCUCGAUGCCGAGGGGCACUACGUGACUACUCUCCCCGACGACAUGUUCAACCUCAUCAACAUGCAGAUCAGCGUGGCCAAGACCCUUCCGGAGAACUUUCUUGGGUCGGUGGUUCUCGCCUGUCUGGAGGUCCUGCAAGACAUUCAGGAGGACAGCAUGAUGUCGAUGGAGGCAGGGUGGAGGAGGAUCAGCGCCGAAGAGGAUGGUCUGGAGAGGCUGUGUGCCAUGGUCAACGACAACCUUCGUUUGCAGGGGUCUCUACAGAGGACAACCAUUCAAUCUAUAGAAUAG